AUCCCCUCCGACUCUGAGCUCUUCAUGUGUUCAAGCUUUGAGGUUGAAGUUGAAAGUUAAAGUUAGCUUGAGCUUUGCGGAACGCUGCAUGUUGCAGAGCCAAAGGUUUAUUGCCAAGGUGUUCAAGGAAGUUCGAGCAUGUGGAAGAAUACCAAUCACAGUAAUGUCUCUCUCUCUCACGAAUUCUUGCUUAUGGUUGCUAGCCUUUUCUAGGCGGCAUUGAACAGCUUUGUUGCCAGAAGGUCAACAAGCUCCGCUGGGAGGAAAUGUUUUCGGUCAACUCACUUGCAGCAGAACUACCAAGUGAGAAGCAAGGGAAAUUGUAGGGUUCAAAGUCCUGUUCCAUUAGAAGUAACAAGGAUUGCAGCGGGUGGAGAGUAUAAAUCGAUUUUGUGACAAUAGCAACACAAUGGUGCUCGCUUCCGUGGCCGCUCGCGUCGCUGUCCUCCUAGCCAUCCUGGCUGGAGCAGUUGUUUUCACCCCACGACCAACCGUGAAGGAGCCAGAGCCAGAGAUUCUCAGCUCAAGCCUUGAAUACCUCUAUGAAAGGAUUGGUAUCGAGGAGCCUUCUGAUGUGACCGGCAGGAUGAGGGACACUGCUGCAUCUUACUACGACUCUGCCAAGGAGGCUGUGGGAGACAGCGCUGACUCGCUGGGCGGGACAGCAGGCCAGGCGGAGGGGUAUGCCAGCAAAGGUUACGAGAAGUUAAAGCGCGGAGCUGCCUCUGGCCUUGAGUCUGCCACUGAAGCCACCCAGGGAGCCUAUGGCGCCGCCAAAGAGGGCUUCGACCAGGGCAUGCAGCGUGCAAGCGGGGAGGCGCACGACUCCGAGGCUCGCCGGCGCGCCGCCGAGGGGCAGGCUUAUCUUCAGAGCAUCUAUGGUGGCAGCAUGGAGGUGGCAGAGCAGACUGGCCACCGGCUGAAGGAGCAAGCAAGGGAAGAGGUCCAGAACGCCGCUAGGAAGGGGUAUGAUAUCACGAAGGGCGCCGCAGGCUACGUGAAAGACGCUGCUCAGUAUGCUGGCGCUAAGGGCGGGGAGGCGAUGGACGUGGCUCGCGAGCAGGCGGAGCAAGUGAAGGAGACCGGCAAGGAAGGGGCGCACAAGGCGCACGGGGUUUACGAGGCUGCGAAGGGAGGCGUGCAUGAGGUGAUCGAGAAGGUCGGCGAUGCAUACCACCGCGCGGUCCUGGUGGCAGAGGCCGCAGUGCACCAGGCACAGCAUGCGUACGAGGAGGCGGAGCACAAGCUCGCGCAGGCGCGCCACCUGGCGGCCGAAGCGGCGAAGAAGACGAAGCAUGGCGCGGAGGUUGGCGCCGAAGAUGUCAAGAUUGGCUAUGAGCGUUCAGUGGAGGCGGCGCGCUUGGCAGCGGAGAAAGCAAAGACGGCGUAUGAGAGGGCGGUGGAGAACCUGGAGAGCGCAAGGAAGAAGGCUGGGGAGAUGUACGAGGUGGCAGGGGACAAGGGCGCAGCAUAUUACCACUACCUCAAGGGGCUGGCUGCCAGGACUCAAGAAGGUCUCAGUCACGCCAAGGACGUCGCUGCCGAGAAGCUCACCGAAGCCAAAGACUACGUUUACGACACCAAGGCUCAUGUCACGGGUGAUGUCAAGAAGAACGACCUCGGCAGCUGGUGGAACUGGGCGCUAGGAGGAGAGAGAGCCCAGAAGAAGUACGAGGCGAAGAAGUACGGCCAGGGCUGGCGCCUCUGGUGGUCCGCCAAGGAGAAAGCCGCCGAGUUCGCGGAGCACGCCCCCGAGUACUACGCCCAGGCGAAGGAGAAGGGCGCCGAGACCUACCAGCAGGCUCGCGAGACGGCCGGUGACGUCAGCGACUACGUCAAAGAGACCAAGGACUACGUCACGGGUGAUGUCAAGAAGCGAGACGCCGGCAAGUGGUGGCGGUGGGCAGCUUGGGGACAGAAGCCGCGUGAGGAGGACUUCGGAAUGGGCUGGCGCCUCUGGUGGUCCGCGAAGGACAAGGCCGCUGAUCUCGCGGAGCAUGCCCCCCAGUACUACGCCCAGGCAAAGGAGAAGAGCGCCGAGUACUACCAGCAGGCGCGGCAGACGGCCGGUGACGUCACCGACUAUGCGAUGGACACCAAGGACUACGUCACAGGUGAUGUCAAGGAGCGGGACUCCGGCAAGUGGUGGAGGUGGGCCCUGUGGGGGAAGAAGGCGCGCGCGGAGGAGGAGGCGAAGCGCUAUGGAACGGGCUGGCUGUACUGGUGGGCUGCCAAAGACCGCCUCGGACAAGCCGCCGAGCGCACCCCCGAGUACGUCAGCAAGGCCCGCGAAGCCGCUUCCCAGGCUAGCGAGCAGAUCCCCGGCUACGUCAGCAAGGCCCGUGAAGUCGCUUCCCAGGCCAGCGAGCAGAUGGCCGACACUGCCUCCAAGGUGAAGGAUUCCGCGGUGGAGUGGGCGGAAUCCGCCCGCGAGAAGGUGGCGGAACCGGCCGCGCAAGCGCAGCAGAAGGCUGGGGAGAUCGCUGGGACGGUGCGGAACAGGGCGGAAGACGUCACGGGCGCUGUGAAAGGAAAGGUGAAGCAAGUCAGAAACGCAGCUGGCGAGAUCGUGGAGGAAAUCGAGGAGCCGGUCGAGAAGUAUGCCGGCGCGGCAAAGGAGAAAGGGAGGGAGGCGGUAACCAAAGCGCAGCAAAUGGGCGAGGGUGCAGAGGAAUAUGCGGAGGGCGUCAAGCGCAAGGGGAAGGAAGCCGGCGGAAAGGCGACCGGUAUCCUGGGUGAAGCUGAGCGGAAAGCCCACGAGUUUGCGGAAGCGGUGAAGCACAAGGCCGAGCAGCUGGUGAUGGGGGCGCGGGGCAAGGCCGGAGAGGCCAAAGAGACCGGGGAAGAGUAUUUGGGCGCUGCCAAGGGAAAGGGCGAACGGCUAGCUGAGAAGGCGGAGGAGAGCCUGAGCUCCGCGCAGAGGACCGGAGAGGAAUACGCGACUGGUGCGAAACGCAAAGGAGAAGAGUAUGCGGGCGAAGCGAAGCGCAAGGGGAAGGAAUAUCUUGGUGGAGCGGUUCGCAAGGGCGAGGAAUACGCGGGUAAAGCCAAGCGCAAGGGGCAGGAAGUCGCGGGCGAAGCCAAGCGCAAGGGAGAGGAGUAUGCGGGCGGCGCAAAGCGCACGGGGGAGGAGCUGACGCGCAAAGCGGGCCAACACGUGUCGGGCAUCUGGAGGGCCACGGAGGAUUACCCCGCUGAAGCGCGCCACAAGCUGGAGGAGCUGACCCGGGAAGUCGAGGAACGCUUGGAGGAGGUCUGGAGAACCGGGGAGCAGUACGCCGAGCAAAGCGGGCGCAGCGGGAACCGCCUGAGCAGAGACGCGAGCGCCCGGAUGAGCGCGACCGGGGAGCGGAUCAAGGACCGCGCAAGUGACUACGCGGAUUCUGCCGGGGACUCGUUCCGGUCGGUCGGCAGCAAGGGACGCCAGUACUACGAGUCGGCGAAGGAGACCGGAGAAGAGGUCGCCGAGGCUCCGCGCCGUUGGUGGCAGUUCUGGAAGCGCAAGGCGGGCGACGUGGAGCGCGACGUGAGCGGCCGCGCGCGCGGCGCGGGCCAGCGCGCGGCGGAGGGCUUGCAGGGUCUGGGCCGCGCCGCGCAGCAGGGCGUGCGUCGCGCGGAGGAGGGCGUGAAGAGCGUGGCGGCGGGAGUGAACGGCGGGCGGAAGAAGGCGAUCGAGGUGCUGGAGGUGCGCAUGCGGAUGGCGCGCGAGGUGCUGAUGGACAAGUACCACGAGAUCGAGACACCCCAGCAACUCAUGGACCGCCUGAACGCCUACGCCGCGUACGCCACCCACCAGGCCCACGAGGCGACCCACCAGGCCCUGUCCACAUCUCUCGCGGUCGCCCACCAGGCGCAGUCGGCGGCAGUCACCGCGGCGCGCGUUCUGCACCUGCUGGCCUUCUCGGUGGCGGUGGGUACCGGCUUCUGGGUCACGUUCGUGGCGGGGGUGGUAAUGUUCAACGCGCUACCGCGCCGCCAGUUCGGGUUCAUCCAGAGCAAGCUGUUCCCGGCCUACUUCCAGGUCAUGGGCCUGUCCUCGUCUAUCGCCCUCAUCACCUUCGCGGCCAUCCACCCGUUCUGGGGCUCCUCCCCCGAGGAGCGCCUGCAGAUCCUGGUGCUCGGGACCACGCUCGCGGCCUCGCUCACCAACCUGCUCUACCUGGAGCCCCUGACGACCCAGGUGAUGGAGGCCCGGUCUAAGUUCGAGCAGCGCGAUGCGGUCGGGGAAGAGCACCCGGCGAAGGGCGGCGCUCCGGAGACCACGAAAGCGAGCCCGGACCUCGCGGAGCUCAACAAGCGCUUCGGGGUCCUGCACGGCCUGUCGUCCAUCGCCAACCUGGUCGCCCUCAGCGGGCUCUCGGUCCACCUCUGGUACUUAGCGUCCCGGCUAGUUUUGUAACUUCUGAUGAUGCUGGGAGUCAGUUCAUUUGUCGUAUCUAGAACGGCACAAAGAUGAAGAGUCAAUUUUGUCUAGGUAGGAGUCGGAUAGUGGCGGAGAGAGUCGUCCGAAUGACUCUGCCGGCCCGGCCAUACGGAAGUCAGUUUCUAUUGCUAUUUUGGGGCGAGAGAACAGUAUGUUUUUGUAAUAGGAUAUACGGUCUUUGUAUGGAUUGGUGGCAGGAACAAUUUAGCGCGGCCCGCACGAGACUAUUCAGUCUUGAACUAACUUGAUCUAUUUGUACAGCCUGCAAAACCUAUCGUCGGUCGGUUCCUUUCAUUCGAGUCGAUGCACUAGCCUUGGCAUUCCCAACAUUUCAAUUAAGCUUUGAAAUGCACGAGCAUCCAUGUGCGACCUCAACG